AGAAAAGAAGACUGAUAGGAUUACGCUGAAAUCACUAUUUUCUUAAGUCCAAGCUAUCUCGUUUCUCAAACAUGUUUAAAAAAUGAAUAAACCAAACAGUGUGGCCACAUAACUAUCCUGUAGAAUCAUUGAUCUAUAUCUAUCGUUUCAGUCAAUUGUUUCCUUCCAUGAUUCACUUUGUUUAUAAUAAUGUCUUUCUUGGAUGCUGUUUUCUCUCACUGUCUUCCCCAAUCACCAAUUUAACAAUACACAUUCAGAUGACGAAAUCUGAAAAGAUUUGAUUUUUGAAGUUAACUGGGAUGCAACGAACUGAAACACCGUUCUUUGGGAUCAGGUGAUUCGGUGGUGGGAAAUUCUCAUGGAAAAAGAAAAGGGAAUUGUUGAACAGUUAUUUGGGGUCAUGAGUUAUAGCUUAUUCCCCAUUUCCUCAUCCCUUUCUGUUGAAAUGUUUCCUUGUCAAAAAACUUGGGAAGGUCUAGAAACAAAGCAAAAAGAAAAGAUGUUCAAUGCAUUUGCUUGAUGCCCCUUUGAUUUCUAGUUCUGGAAGCAAGCAAUUGGUGCUGCUUUAACUGGAUUUUAGAAUAGAAAUUAGCAGCAGCUUGAAGUUAUGUCUGCUUAUGGCCAUCAAAUGGAGCAGAUGUAUUCUGCUCACAGUCUCUCUGGUGGUUCUGAGUUGAGGAGGAGCAGUUUUGUGCUGGAAUCAGGAUUCUACAUCACAUCCUUUGUUGCAACCAUUCUUGUUGCUGCAUUAGCCGCUGCCGGGCUUUUAUUGAUUACUUUAUUGGUUUCACUGGCAAUGAUGCUGCAAUCUUGUCAAAGUAGCCAUGCUGGAAUUAUUGAGCUUCGGAAUAUAAAUGACGAGUACAACUAUUGCAAGGUCUAUUCUCUGCAUGCCAAGCUCAAUAACUUGGAAGGACACCAUUUUCCUAACCUUUGCAAGGACCUUGCCAUAGGGUAUAUCAAGGGAGGUCAAUAUGCUAGAGACUUGGAUUCAACCAAAUCUCUAAUGGAUGAUUAUUUCAACUCUGUUAGACCAUCAGAUGAUGAUCUUGAUGUGGUAUUGAUAGACAUAGAUGGAAUCGUUUCCCCAAAUCUUCAUUCUACUUUGUUGCAGAGCAUUGACAAUUGUAUCGUAGAGGCAAAGAAUUUAAAGUACAUGUUUGUUUUAAGAUUAUACACGAAGCUUCAAGCUGGUGGAUGGUCCAUAAUUUUGUUAUCAAGAGAGCAUGUAAAACACCAAAAUGUCACCAUCAAUCAUCUUCUCUCUGCUGGAUUUAGAGGCUGGUCUUCUUUGAUGAUGAGAGAUGAUGCAGAUUCUUCCAAAGGGAAUGAGUUUUUUUCUAGACAAAGGAAUGUGAUACAAACGAAGGGAUUCCGCAUAAAAAGUGUCAUCAGCAGUGAAAUGGAUGCUUUGACUGUUGAUGAUAGAGGAAUCAGAGUUUUUUUGCUACCAGACCCUAUAUUUGACAAGUUUGAACAGCAAACAAGAACAUAGAAGCUGGAUAUUAGUUUCAUAUCCUACACUAUACCAUUAUUGAUUUCUUUUUUUGAUUCUCUGCAUCUCCCAUUUGUUCAUAUUAAAGGGUGUUGUAAUCACAUCUCAUUUUCUGCCAAAGGAUGAUAGAGCGUAAAAUUAUAUUUUUUUAUCAAGA